AUGCUGCUUUCUGUGGUACUUCUGCUGGUCCUGCUAGCUGCCCUAGGGUGGCUAUGGAUGCAGCUGACCCUGUACCCCCAUCAUUUCCCACCUCUAGUCCCUGGAUUUUUCCAUUUAAUUCAAGCUGAUCUUCCAAGCCAUUUGCUGAGCCUUGCACAGAAAUAUGGGCCACUCUAUCGGCUUCACCUGGGGAUGCAAGAUGUGGUGGUGCUGAACUCCAAACAAGCAAUUGAGGAGGCCUUCAUCAAGAAAUGGAUGGAUUUUUCCGGGAGACCCCAAACAUUCUCUGCCCAUUUGGCAAACAAGGAUAGCUGUGACCUGUCUCUAGGGGAUUACACGCCACUCUGGAAGGCUCAAAGGAAACUGGUCCGUUCUGCUCUUCUGUAUGCCCAGAAAAACAUGGAUUCUAUUGUGGAGCAGAUGGUACAGGACUUGUUGAAGAAGCUUCUUGCCCAGGCUGGCUCUCCUGUGAGCAUAUCUGAAGAGUUCUCCAAUUUCACUUGUAGAGUCAUCUCCUUCCUCACUUUUGGGGAAAAGAAAGAAUCUUCAAUUCAGGAAGUUAAAAACUGUGUCAAGGAAUUGAUGAUGGCCUGGGACUCUUGGCAAGUCCAGAUUGUGGACUUGCUCCCCUUUCUCAGGUUUUUCCCCAACCCAGGUCUCAGGAAGCUGAAGCAGAUAAUAAAGACACGGGACAUGAUUGUGGAGAAGCAAGUGAAAUGGCACAAGGAGACAAUGGUGGAAGGGCAGACUCGGGAUUUAACUGAUUAUAUGCUACAAAAGCUAAGGGAGCAAGGACAGGGACCGGAUCAGCUUUCGGAGGAACAUGUGCAAAUGAGCUUGGUGGAUUUAUUCAUCGGGGGCACGGACACCACAGCAGUCACCCUCAGCUGGACAGUGGCCUUCCUGCUUCACCACCCAGAGAUACAGAGGCGGCUUCAAGAAGAAUUGGAUCAAGAGCUGGGGUCAAGUAUUUCAGGAAGUCAUCCCAACUAUCGAGACAAAGUCCGGUUCCCCCUGCUCAAUGCCACUAUUUCUGAGGUGCUUCGGAUGAGGCCUGCAGCACCUUUGGCUAUUCCCCAUUGUACCAAACAGCCCAGCAACAUAUGUGGCUUUGACAUCCCCAAGAACACCAUGAUUAUCGCCAACAUUUAUGGUGCUCAACAUGAUGACACCAUUUGGGCAGAGCCUUAUGACUUUCGGCCUGAUCGUUUCUUGGAGCCAGAACUGAGCCCGCUGGGGAUCCCGUUCAGCUGUGGUGCCAGGGUGUGCCUGGGGGAGACCCUGGCUCGCUUUGAGAUCUUCCUGGUCCUGGCCCAGCUUCUCCAGGCUUUCACACUGCUGCCUGUCAUUGAGGACAGCCACUCACUGCCUUCUCUGAAGCCCAACUUUGGGUCCAUUACAAGGAUUCAAGACUUUCAGGUGCGGCUUCUGCCCCGACAAGCCAGGGCUGGAGGUAUAGCGUCUGGCUCUCCGCUAUAG